CACGACAUCUUCUCUGUGAUUCCAUUUCUUCCCUUCCCCUGGUUUUUGAGGUGUCGCUAGCUACCACUUAUGGCGGUGUCGCGGGCAACGCUUGCACCGCGGCCAAGUGCGUAUUCGCUGAUUGAGCUAGGACCUUCUGGCACUCGAAAUUUCUGUCCGAGAAACCUUUCCGUGGCCGGAGCGGAGGUGACCUUGCCUGGACGGGCUGGCAGAAAAGGAUCAUGGAUAAACAGAAACUAUCAUACACCUUCCGUUAGGCCGAAUUCAGGUGUUUGGAACCAGGGCCGGGGCCGUGCGCGCGUCGUUGCUGCUGCUGGAACCGGUGCUGGCGAGAGUGUGAAGGAGCUGAAGCAGCAGCUGCUGCGGGCCGUGGGGGGUACUCAAAGGGGCAAGGCUGCGUCCCCCCAGCAGCGGCAGCAGAUAUUGCGACUAAUAGAGCAAUUGGAAGCAGCCAAUCCAACACCCUCGCCCAUGCAGUCUCCACUUCUGGCCGGCACAUGGGCUCUCGUCUACAUCGCUCCAACUGCAGCGUCUUCCAACACCCUGGACGCAUCAGAAGAGGGGCCUUUCUUGGCCCGUGUAAAGCCUUUGGCACUAGGGGGAGUCAGACAGAAAGCAAGCCUGCAGAUAAUCCAUCCUGAGGAGGGGCGAGCGGAGAACGUGGCAUUAUUCACAGCAUGGGGAGUGGACGGCGAGCUGCGCAUAGAUGCGGAGUGCAAGGCACCUGCAGAGGAGAGCAAGCGAGGGGUGCGGUCCACAGUUCGUUUUCUCUCCUUCAAGCUCGCGUUGGGCCCCCUCGGCUUCACCCUGCCUCUCUCCCUCAUCUCGCCCACAGGGUGGAUCGAUGUCACGUACAUAGAUGAGGAGGUGCGCGUGACCCGGGGCGACAAGGGCUCUGUGUUCCUUGCCACGCGCGUCAAGGCUUGAGGAAGGGAUGUGAGGAGGAGGGGUGGGGAUGGUGAGGAGGGAGGGAUGUGAGGAAGGUUGGUACGAGUACGGGUACUGUGCAGGGCUCAAAUUAGCCGGGUAAAAUGCCCUGAUUGCCCUGAUUUUUCAGGGCAUUUUUUCAUUUGGUCUUAAAAAUCAGACUUACGAAAUUUAUUACCCUGAUCCAAAAAGUGUUACGAAAAUAUUACCCUGCCGAAAC